AUGCUGCAGCAGCAGCGGCGGCCACAGCAGCCACAGUCGCAUCAGCCUUCCACUGGACCACUUGCUGACAAAGCACAGGUCGCUGCAGAAGAAGCAAUCAAGGCUGCUGAAGAGGCAGCGAGAAUGGCAGAAGCAGUACUCAAUGGAACCGCUUCACCAGAGGAAGCCAUACAAGCAGCUAAAAUUGCAGCACAAAAAGCACAGGAGGCAUCUUUGGCAGCAAAACAAGCAGCAGAGGCUCUCCCAGAUUCAAUGGCACCAUUUAGGAGAAAGAAUUCUUCAAGCAUCUGCCAAUGUAACAGAAGCAGCUCUCAAAAAGCAGCCCAGGCAGCAAACAAUGCAUCUACAAUAACUCCUGAAAAGAUAAGUGCAACAGCAGCUGCGGCAGCAUCAGCAGCAAAGAUAGCAUCAAAUGCUGCAGCAGCAGCGGCGGCCACAGCAGCCACAGUCGCAUCAGCCUCCACUGGACCACUUGCUGACAAAGCACAGGUCGCUGCAGAAGAAGCAAUCAAGGCUGCUGAAGAGGCUGAAGAGGCAGCGAGAAUGGCAGAAGAAGCAGUACUCAAUGGGACCGCUUCACCAGAGGAAGCCAUACAAGCAGCUAAAAUUGCAGCACAAAAAGCACAGGAGGCAUCUUUGGCAGCAAAACAAGCAGCAGAGGCUCUCCCAGAUUCAAUGGCACCAUUUAGGGAGGGAAUUUCUUGA